GCGGCGGAGAAGGGGCGGCCGAGCCCCCCCGGGAGUUACGCUGUAGCGACUGCAUCGUGUGGAACCGGCAGCAGACGUGGUUGUGCGUGGUGCCUCUGUUCAUCGGCUUCAUCGGCCUUGGGCUCAGCCUCAUGCUGCUUAAAUGGAUCGUGGUGGGCUCCGUCAAGGAGUACGUGCCCACGGACCUGGUGGACUCGAAGGGAAUGGGCCAGGACCCCUUUUUCCUCUCCAAGCCCAGCUCUUUCCCCAAGGCUAUGGAAACCACCACUACGACCACUUCCACCAUGUCCCCCGCCACCCCCUCCGCCGGCGGCGCCGCCUCCUCCAGGACGCCUAACCGGAUUAGCACCCGCUUUACCACCAUCACGCGGGCUCCCACUCGCUUCCCUGGGCACCGGGUGCCCAUCCGGGCUAGCCCGCGCUCUACCACGGCACGGAACACUGCGGUCCCCCCGACGGUCCUGUCCACCACGGCUCCUUUCUUCAGUAGCAGUACGCCAGGCUCCAGACCCCCGAUGCCAGGAGCCCCUAGUACGCAGGCAAUGCCUUCCUGGCCCACUGCGGCGUAUGCUACCUCCUCCUACCUCCACGAUUCCACUCCCUCCUGGACCCUGUCACCCUUUCAGGAUGCUGCGGCCGCCUCUUCCUCCUCACCCUCUACCACCUCCUCCACUACCACCACCCCAGAAACUAGCACCAGCCCCAAAUUUCAUACUACGACAUACUCUACUGAACGAUCUGAACAUUUCAAACCCUGCCGAGACAAGGACCUAGCAUACUGUCUCAAUGAUGGCGAGUGCUUUGUGAUUGAGACCUUGACAGGAUCCCAUAAACACUGUCGGUGCAAAGAAGGCUACCAAGGAGUCCGUUGUGAUCAAUUUCUACCGAAAACAGACUCCAUCUUAUCGGAUCCAACAGACCACUUGGGGAUUGAAUUCAUGGAGAGUGAAGAUGUUUAUCAAAGGCAGGUGCUGUCAAUUUCAUGUAUCAUCUUUGGAAUUGUCAUCGUGGGCAUGUUCUCUGCAGCAUUCUACUUCAAAAGCAAGAAACAGGCUAAACAAAUCCAAGAGCAGCUGAAAGAGUCACAGAAUGGGAAAAACUACAGCCUCAAGGCAUCCAGCACAAUGACAAAGUCCGAGAGUUUGAUGAAGAGCCAUGUCCAGCUGCAAAGUUAUUCAAAGGCGGACAGACAUCCUGUGACUGCACUGGAGAAAAUAAUGGAGUCGAGUUUUGCAGGUCCCCAGUCGUUCCCUGAGGUCCCUUCUCCUGACAGAGGAAGCCAGCUUGUCAAGCACCACAGCCCAGGACAGAGGAGUGGGAUGCUGCACAGGAGUACCUUCAGAAGGACACCACCUUCACCCCGAAGUCGACUGGGUGGGAUUGUUGGACCAGCAUAUCAGCAACUGGAAGAGUCAAGGAUCCCAGACCAGGAUACAAUACCUUGCCAAGGGAUAGAGGUCAGGAAGACUAUAUCCCAUCUGCCUAUACAGCUGUGGUGUGUUGAAAGACCCCUGGACUUAAAGUAUACAUCCAAUGGCUUAAGAACCCAACAAAACGCAUCAAUAAAUAUGCAACUGCCUUCAAGAGAAACAAACCCUUAUUUUAAUAGCUUGGAUCAAAAGGACCUGGUGGGCUAUUCAUCCCCAAGGGCCAACUCUGUGCCCAUCAUUCCUUCGGUGGGUCUAGAAGAAACCUGCAUGCAAAUGCCAGGGAUUUCUGAAGUCAAAAGCAUUAAAUGGUGCAAAAACUCCUAUUCUGCUGACAUUGUCAAUUCAAGUAUUCCAGUCAGCGAUUGUCUUCUAGAAGAACAACAGGAAGUGAAGAUAUUACUAGAGACUGUGCAGGAACAGAUCCGGAUUCUGACUGAUGCCAGACGGUCAGAAGACUAUGAACUGGCCAGUGUGGAGACUGAGGACAGUGCGAGUGAAAACACAGCCUUUCUUCCCUUGAGUCCCACAGCCAAAUCAGAACGAGAGGCACAAUUUGUCUUAAGAAAUGAAAUACAAAGAGACUCUGUGUUAACCAAGUGACUCGAGAUGUAGGAAUCUGUGCAUUCUCUGCUUUGCUCAACAGGAAAGAGAGGAAAUUAAAUACAAAUUAUUUAUAUGCAUUAAUUUAAGAGCAUCUACUUAGAAAAAAACCAAAUAGUCUGCCGCCCUCAUAUCAUAGUGUUUUUUAACAAAAUAUUUUUUUAAAGGGAAAGAACCGUUUCAGGAAGGAUAAAGCUUACCACUAAAGCUUUUGGGGAGAAUUCUGUAUCCAAUUUCAGUUAGUCCCAACACCGUCCUCUUUGGUUCUUGGAAGAUUUGGUAAUUCCAACCUCUGGUCCCAUAGUGCCAGUGUCUGUAUGGAAAAGAAACUAGUGUUCAACUAGCUUCAAAGAGAUGAGCUAUACCCCAAGAGUGGAUGUGCCAGUGAGCAGGUAGCCCUGGCCAUUUGGCUCUUGAGUUCCAACCCCUAAAUUUCUACUCAUCAAUGCUCUCACCACAGUUUAUGUCAUGUCAAGGAAUGUAGUGCUUUGUAUUUGAUUUUUAAAGAAUGGCAGGAGAACAUGAACAGGAAGGUAGAUGGAAACAGGAGUAACCUGGGCAACCUUAGCCACUCUCAUGUGCCAUCUUUCUCUGUCAUUUGGAAGCACAGAACCUCAGAGGGAGGCAUGAGAAUUCUAUAGGAAAAGAGACAAAAAGACAACGUUGUGCCACUAAAAUCAUGCUAAUAGAAAUGUUUUUCUUCAAGAGUGUUUAGAAGCUCUGAAAGGGCACCUCUCAGUGUGUGUGCUUGUGUGUGUGUGUGUGUGUGUGUGUGUUUGUGUGUGUGUGUGUGUGUGUACCUGGGUGCACAGGUGUGAGCGUGCGAGUGUGUGGGCUUGCUCACCCAAGCACAUAUGCUGUAUGCACAUGUGUUCCUUGUACGUGUGUGUGUGCAUGUGUGUGCAUAUUAAAGCUUGCUAAAAUUUGUUCUGAAACAUCAGGGAAUUUAAUAUUCAAAAGAAAUUUUCCCUCUUAGAUCUUUUCACUUUAAAUUUUUCCAUUAACUAUAAUUUGGGUUAGCGAGUUCUUGAACCAAGGUAACUUGCAUGGUGGGGGUCUUAUAAAAACUCUUGACAAUGUCUACACCAUUUUCUGAUGUGAAUAUUACUGAAAAGGACAGUCUUUGGCUUAUUGAUAUCAGUAUCACAAAACAAAUUAAUGGAGGAUGUGUUUAUUUUGAAUCAUUUACUUAAAUUACUGGCAUAAGCCAAUUAUCAAAUUAACAGUUGACCAUUUUAUUUCUUGUCAGCCUCAUUGCUAUUUUACAGUAAGUUUGCUCUGUGUAGACAGAGGCACUGGCUUCUCUGGUUAACAUGGAAGGGAUAAAUUGUUGAAAAUCACAAAUCCCAGACUAUUCAGUUCACAAGCAAUGCCCCCAAAUAGUAAAUUGUGUUGUAUGUUCAUUUGGAAUAAAGCAAUAUUUUUACCACUGCUAAGGUGAACUGAAAACCUCCUGAAGAUGUGUCUGUUUUAUUUUCCCUCAUUUUCAUGGGGCAUUCAAGGAAACUAGUGUUCCCAUACCCAGUCUUUAUCUGAUUAUUGGUGGUGUUGUUAUGUUUACACUGUUUAAAUAAAAAGGCACAGUAUUUGAAAGUACAUAAAAGAUUUCUUUUACUGUAGUUUGGGGAAAGCUUGGUUAAAAUUUCAAAGCUUGAUUUCAUGCAGAGUAAACAUACAAUUCUUACUUGAGGUAAGUUAUUUCUGUUAAAUACAUUGCAAGUUGUUAUCUGUGAAUGUUCAUUGAUAAUAGAUAGAAUACCACCCAGGGAAGAGGAAGAGCAUCAAAAAUCUAAUCAAAGCUGCUUAACAGGAAUCUGAGGUCUCCUAUGUUGAAAAUACAUUGAUGGAAACCUACCUUUUAUCUGUCAAAAGUUUUGUGUCAUAAUUAGUUGCCAUUAUACUUUGGUUGUUUUCAAUAGAGAAGUAACAUUGUUAGUGCUUUCAAAAAAUAUGGAUUUUUAAUGUCUUCUCGCUCAACUUAAUUUUCACUUAAAAAUAUUUUCUAUUUAAGAAAAUUAUAGAAGGUGUUUGUAGUUCUAUUGAACCCUGAAAGUUGAGCAUCUGCUGGAGCAUUAUGUUGUUUUUUACUCCAAGUAUCAACAACUGUGAGGCCAUGCUGGUCUAUUGAGGUCAACAUCGUUUGUUUUGGUUUUUUCAUUUGUUGGAUUGUUUUGUUUUUUUCCUUAAAAUGUUACCUAUUGUUUAUCUAAAGGAUCCAUUCAUCUGCCUAGGUGGGCAGAUAUUCUGAGCAACUGAGGUUAUUUAAAUGUAUCCUUUAUACCAAAAACGUAAGAUCAAUGAAACAAGUCUCAAUACAAUAUUAUAUUUAAAUAAAGGAUGGAUUGCAUACCAUAUGAUUAUACCACAAACCUUUCCCCCACAUUCGGAGAACAAUGAGUAUCAGGCACAUCUACUGGCCAUGUUAUGGAAAGUUUAGUCAUUGCUACUUUUUUGAACACUCAAAACAAAAUCCUCCAUAGAAAGAGCUACUUGUGGCAGUUUCUGUGGUCCUUGUCUCCUUUAGAAACAGGAAGAACUCCUACAAAGUGUCUAAGCUCAAAGGGCACAUCUUAGAUCACCAGCUGCCAAGUGCCAAGUGCAGAUAGCACUGAGGCUUUCUACAUUAACCUGACCUGGUAGUUCCCUGGAGCCAUCAUUGCUUUGUUCUUCAAACUCAUGUACUUACAAGGACAUGAUAACUUAUACAUCAUGCCUUUGAAUUUGCUUCAUUUCUCUUGUCUUUAUUAUGGGAACCAAUAUUUGGAUAUUUAAUGAAAUAAGCUACACAUUCAUCUCUACAUGGAGACUGAAUAUAACUCACUUUUUUAUUUUAGUCAUUUCCUGGUAUGUCUUUUUUCAUAUAAAACACUGUUGUUUUAAAUUACUGGUAGCUAUUGUGCGAUGCUGUUGUUCAAAAUAUGACCAAGCUUACGUUACUAAGGUAGAGUAGAAAUGAUGUAGGAAAGUUAGCAUCUGAGUUUUUUUCUUUCUAUGUAUUUUAAAUACUUUCUUUCAGACUCUACCCUAGUAGCUACCUUGCUAUAAAUUAAGGUUAAUUCAUCACACAUCACUUUUUAAGUGUCAAGAGAAGAGACGGAACAGUACUGCUCUCAGGACUUCAUGAAGUAGUUAGAUAACACAGAGACCAAAAAGAGUAGAGGGCCAUACAGACUUCAGAACACCCCUCAGUUGUGAGAUGAAUAAGAACUACAGUAUAGAAGGGCCCUGGUGCCCAGUGCUGAGCCUGCCAGCAGCCAGGUCUCCACCAGAAUACAUUCAACACUUGCAGCCAUCACUAAACCUCUAUCUUGCCAUAUGGUGCUAUAGGAAAUCAUGAGUGCUAAUGUGAGUGUGAGGGUGUGGGGUGAGCUCUGAUUCCAGCCCUGUGAACCUGAGAUUAAGUGCUAAGAUACUUUUCUCAAUUGAGUAUAUAGUAUAUCUAGGAACACAGCAGGUGGGGAGGGAUUUUUAUUUGAUCUUUUGGUAUCUGGGAAACAUUUUAUAUAUAUAAAAAGAAUACUUUUUAUUAUUAUUCAAUUGUAUAGCAUCACUACAGUGUUUUCAAUGGAUAGCAUGUCUAUGCUGUUUGUAUCUUGUCUUCAGAAAUUUAGUCCUCAUUCCAAGCAAGACCAAUCCAAGGUUUCUAGGCAAUUCUCACUUUUGUAAACACUCAAUUUGCCCUGGGAAAUGAAGCUUUCAAAUAAGCUUUAUCUCUUCCUUUUUUCAUUCUUUCCCUUUUAAAGAAAUACUGAGGGUGAAGGAAGACAUUCCCUCUCUAACAUCUACUCAUUUGUUUCCUACUGUGAAUACACUCACAAUAUAGAUAUAUAUGAACAUUAAAUUGGAGUGAUUAUUUGAGUAUCCUUAUCUUUGCUUCAUUUGACAAAUACCAAGUGAUUACCUCAUGGAAUGCCAUGAAACCUUCAUGGCCAGCCAAAUGGCAACAUUUUGUCAGACAGAUGUUUUCAGUUUCUUCUCUUUCUUAACCAAACUGAAAUAUUCUUGAAUUAAAAAAAAAUUCAAAAACCCAACACUAAAGUAUAUUAUACUCCCUUUUGAAAAUGACAAUUAAAUGAUGGGUAUGAAUGAUUACUGUCUCUACAGUGUAUAAUUAUCACAAAUGUGGUCUUUUUAAAAAUACUUCUAACAAUGUUUUUGACCUAUGGUAUAACUGAAGUCUACUAGGGCAUAAUGUGUGGCUGUGGCAAGGAUGUGUAGCACUAUUGUCAGACAUCUCAGUGAAAUCAGUAACAGAAUACUCACAGGGACUUGGUAAAACAGAAAGCAGGUUUCUUGUCCUUUGACGGUUGUUUGUUAUAAAUACCUGUAUUGAUUGCACGUGUAUUGUUGCCAAUGAAAGAACUGUGUGAAAAGAAACAAUCUUGUAUUGUUGGAAAUAAGUUAGACAUACAUCUUUGUGAAAGCUUCUAACUUACAGAUAAGAGCAGUUACUUGACCUCAUCUGUUACAUAAGGUAUAUGGUCUAUUUCAUUUUUGAUUUUUUUUCUUUCCAGUCAACCACCUUGUUAUCUAGUCAAUCUAAUUCAUAUUUUGACCGGUCAACUUAUAUACCCAUUCAACAUUAUUCUGUAAGUAGUUCAUGCCUAAAUAUCCAUCUCAGAAAAUCUUACAAAAGUUGGAACCUAUGUAUAUAUCUCUGAAUAAGAUUGGCAUUUGUAACAGCACAUGCCAUGGAGUAACUGGAUUGUUUAAGGUAAAUUUACCAAGAUCAGGUGAUGAAGAAAAGAUAGCCAAGAAAUACCUGAUUCUAAAGCUUGAGAUUCAAGGGUCAAACUUUGCUUCAUGAUUGUCCUUAAGGAAAUGUGAGAGCUUAUCAAAAACAGAGCAACGCCUCUCCAUAGCAGGCAUGAGACUUUGACUAUGUCCUUUAGUUAUAGAAGUAGUAGUCAGACUCAUUUGCUAUAAAAAGUAAAAGAUAUAUAGAUAUAUAGAUAUAUAGAUAGGUGCUCUCAAGUAUUUGCAUCUCACAUUCCUUUGUCUUGAGAAAGGGCCCUGCCAUGCGGCUCAGGCUAUCAGUGAACACACAAUUUUCUCCCUCAGCUUACUGAAUUUGAUUAUAGGGGUUUGCUACUACCCCUGGUACAAGUCAAACUUUUUAACAUAAACCCUCUAAAAUUAAGUAAAUUCUCUGUUGAAACUUAGACAUUGAAGUUCAAAAUAAUUCUAACUUUGAGGGUACCAAAAAGUAGAAUGUACUUAUUGGCUUUUGUCUAUGAUUGCUGUUUUGACAAAUCAAUACCAAUAUGCUUCUUCAAUACCAUCCAGACUAGCACUGAUUUUUCUGUUUAUAAUUUGUUUUGGUCAAGAGCUCAUAAAGUCUGAUUUUUUUUAGUAUUCAAUAAAACAAUGUGAAAUGUUAAAA